CUCGCGAUAUUAGCCCGUCUGUGGGUGUGGUUGUUUAAUCAGGUCCUACAGAACCUGGUUGUUUCUGGAGUUUAAUGUUCGACAUGUGAGUUCUAACGGACCGUGUUGUAGCCCGCUGUGGCCCGCUUCAGUUCGGUUCGGUGCCGGUUGAUAGCGGACGGUGAAUCAUGGAGUGUGUCGUCGCUGCGUGUCAGAACCGAGUGUUGACGGAGGGUCGAGGAAACUCGGGCCGAGCUAUGAAGAGGUUCUUCGGCUUCCCCGCGGAUCCUGCGAGGGUCAAGGUGUGGCUCGCUGCACUGAGACAGAUGGACGGCGGUCAGGACUCGCUGCAGGAGGACGGACACAUCUGUGAGGACCACUUCCUGCCAGAGGACGUCACGUCUGACGGCGUCAGCAGCGACGCCGUCCCCUUCCCCAUCAGGCCCCCGAGUCUGGAGGAGCAGCCGGGAGUCAGGAGCUCCUGGGGAGCACCGCUGUCUGAGGAGGAGGAGCAGCAGGAGGAGGAGGAGGAGGAGGCCGACAGCAGCAACAUCCAUGAUGAUGAUGAUGAUGAUGAUGAUGAAAACGAUGCUGCAGUGGAGCUCCAUCAUCAGGAGUCGAGUCCCAAGAAAAGUUCAAGGAGGAAAAGGAAGAGUGUUGACGAGAAUCAGACGUCAGAGACGAUUCAGAGGAAACAAAGAAACAAAUCAGUCCCUAAGAAGUCGCUGAUGCAGCGUUUCCUGCAGCUGUUACAGACGGCGCCGGGCGGGUGUCUGAACCUCCGGCGCGCGGCUGAACUUCUGGGCUGUCGAAACCAGCGUCUCAACGAGUUCAGGAACGUCAUGUACGGCCUCAACCUCAUCGAGUCGGACUCCACCGCCAUCACGUGGACGAGCCAGUGUCCCGUCAUCAGCUUCCUCAUGAGGUACGAGACGUUCCAGGAGGAGCUGCAGCUGCGGGAGGAGACGCUGGACGCGCUCAUCAGAAGCUCCAGCAAGCAGCUUUUCACCGUCACUGACGACCGGGAGAACGCAGCGAUGGCGUACGUCACUCACGGCGACAUCGGCCGGAUCCCGACUUUCCGGGAUCAGACGGUGAUCGUCGUCAAAGCUCCGGACGGAACCACGCUGAAGGUUCCUGAACCUGAAGAGGACAGGAUCCAGGUCCACCUGAAGGGGGCGGGUCCCAUCACAGCGCUGACCUGUGACCUCAUGACUGAAGACACAAGCGUCUUUGUCUCACUGGAGGAAAGUCAGAUGAAGACGAUGAAGACGGGUAACUUCAUAAGAAAUGAGUCCCGAAAAUCUUCAGGUUCACAGAGUGUGUGCAGCUGACCACCAGGAGGCGCCACCUGUCCUCAGGAGUGUGGGAGGAGUGUGUUAAUGUCGGAAGAUUUAUAAAUAUGUAUAUAAAUAGAUGAACGUUCUGCAGAGACACAAAGAGCUGCUACAGAGUUUUUAAGUGUUUUUUCAAACCUCAAAUAAACUUUUACUAAAUUCA